CAACUGUCUUUUCUUCAAAAACGAGAGUGGUUACAGACACCCUAGAAAUUAAUUUAUUUGUACACCGUACGAAAGCCACACAUUGUCAUGUCGGACGAAAUUCUUCCUGAAGGAUGGGAAAAGCGCACUAGCCGCUCGACAGGCCACUCCUAUUACUUGAAUCUCUACACUAAAGAAAGCCAGUGGGAAACUCCCACUGAACCUGCCGAACAGGCGGGGUCUGGUCCCUCAAAAGUUCAAUGCAGCCAUUUGCUUGUGAAGCACAAAGGAUCACGGCGACCAUCUUCAUGGAGAGAGGAUAAUAUCACUCGUUCAAAGGAUGAAGCCAUUGAUAUUCUUAAAGGGUAUCUACAAAAAAUCAACUCAGGUGAUGCUUCCUUGGCGGAUUUGGCAUCUAAAUACUCAGAUUGUAGUUCUGCCAAACGAGGUGGUGACUUGGGUCCCUUUGCAAGAGGUUCCAUGCAAAAGCCAUUUGAAGAUGCAGCUUUUGCUCUCGCUGUUGGAGAGCUCAGUGAUAUUGUCGAUACAGAUUCAGGAGUUCACUUAAUUUUACGUACAGCAUGAACUAGAAGCAUAGCUCUAGAUGUCACUCAUCAGAUUCCUACUUUUGCAUUUUGCUGAUUUUUCUAUUAAUUUUUUUAAUGUUCAUGCUGUAAAUUUGUAGUUAUUUAUGCUCUGGUAAAUUUUACACACAAGGGUUUGUUAUCAUUGUUUUUCUUUUCCUUUUUUUUUCUAGAGAGGUUUUUUUAAAAAAAUAUUUUACAACCCUAUAAUAAUGCAUUUUGUAACUGAUGUGGAAUUGUUCCGAAGCAUGAUCAAGAAUUGUUAUGAUUUUAUAUUUGGAUUAUCAUUUAUCUUUAGCUUGUUGGUACCUUAUUUUAUACUUAGGAUGCAUUUUCAAUUGUUCCUUUUCUUUAUCUAAUUUGAUGCAUUGAAUGCUGCCUGCCCAGUGAACAAAUAUUGUGUUGGGCAUUAUUCGUUAUGUGUUCAACUAUUCCUUUGUUUGUAUGUCAUUCAUCUUUCUGAACUUGUAUUAUACCAACUAAGAAUAUACCUUCUUUGAGGGAAAACAGCUGAAAAUUAAAUGAAAUGAAUCGUGUGCUAAGGAAAACAAGUA